AUGAAUACUCUUCGACCGGGUCUAGAAGAACUUGAGAGGACAAUUUUUGUUCGGCCGCUGGAUCUUCAGCGACAGGAGGAACUAGAGAGCGAGGUUUCCUACUUCGAGCGGUUUCUAAAAAACGAGACUGCAGGAGAUAUUCGGGACUGCCUUGGAAUUCCACACUCGGAGCUCUGGCACAGAACAAAGACGCAUUUCCAGCCGGGUCUAUGUGAUCUCGUCCUCCCAAGUAUCCCAGCAGUUGUGUUGGAGGCGGUGGUACAAAGUUCGAAUUUUGGGCAUGGUGGUGGUGGUGGUGGUGGUGGUGCUUGGACAUGUGCUUACCCGUAA